AUGCGAGGAUUGCUCCUCUUCCUCACCCCGCCCUGCAGGCUUGCUUCCUGUGAGAAUGAUGUUCCCUGCAGCCCAGCGUGGCUCCCAGCCCUAGAAAGGAGGCUCUGCGCACUUGGCUGCACUACCGGCGGGCAGGUGGGCCGGGCACAGAGGCAUGGGUGGGCGGUGAGACUUGCCCUUCCAGCGUCCUGGCUCCGACCCACCGCUCCUACUCUUCCCUCGUCUCAGCCCGACCCCAGAGAGGGUCACAGCUCUCAGCUCCUGAGCUACAAGAGACAUUUCCACGCCCUCCCCCCUUUUCCGACAGCCAGGCUCUGGGCACCAGGGCUACUCCCACUCCAACACAACCCCGCCCUUCCCCCCCAGAAAUUCGCUAACGGGGCCGACCUUUGCCUCUCGAUGCUGGGUUACGCCCCGCCGAUGGCACCUCCCGGCUCCCAGCGAUGCCCCAAGUCCUCCAGCCCGGCGCCGCCCCGGCACAGACAACUGAAGAUGCGGGGAAGCAGCCUCGGGCGCUCCCGCCGCCGCGCUCCAGCCUGGAUCUCGGACUCCGCGAGCAGCGGCAGCGGCAGCGGCAGUGGCCACUAGGG